GGACUUCUGACCAAGCUUCGAGUUCACGAGAGGUAAAACACGAACAAAGCAUGCGGCUGCCUCGCAGUCAGCGUGUGGCGUCGGGGCUGAUGCUAAUAAUGUAACUCGAAUUACUUUAUUACGACGUAGCCUAUUCCGCAGACCGGCUCUGGAGUCCACUACUGAGGAGUUUAACAGAGACAUGGGACCCAAUUUGGAUGGGUCUGAUCUGCACCAGCCUCUACGGAGAACCUGAAGCCUUAAGCACAACAGAAAACUACAAUGUUAGUUCGAGGUGCUGGGGCGCUCAAGUUGACCAGCCUCCACUGACUACCAGCAUUAUGGACGCGCCGUGAUCGUGUUUCAGAAGCAGGACCUAAUUCACACAAAUCGCAGGGUCGCACAGCAAUUCUUCACAUAUAAAAUCCCAACUUGAUGUACCAGCCACAAUGGCGGGGGAAUGAGGCGACAUGCGCAUACGAUGCGCUGCGGUAGGUGGCAGACUCGUGUUGAGCCGGCUUAGUCAGACCCAUCACACAGCACCGUGCAGCACAGUGCAGCCUGGCUUCAGCCAACGCAGGUUCUACCACAGUAGUCUCGACAUUUUCGCCUUGCGGACUGUCCACGAAUCUUCAAUCAACCAGGUAGGGCACAGCAUCUCUAGCUCCCGGCUCCGAGUGGCAUUGUGGUGGUGGUUAGCGACUAUCGUCCUUCGGAAGCGUGGAGAACGUCACAGUAGGCACUGGAACCUGGGAGAGUAUAAAAUAUACCCAGCACUUUUUCGUCCAAUCAAUGGCCGUGACUUUAUACCUCGACCUUUACUAGGACUUCAGGUCCAACACUAUUGCCAUACGACGAACAGACCUAUGUACUUGUGAACAACUCACUACAAGAAACAGACGAACAUACCUACCCAAUUUCACGCGUACUUACUGCGCGAGAAAUCACAGCAACGCAGCAAACAUCAACAAAAGAUAGAAACAGCACCCUUCUUCGAAUAUCAAAACCAUGGAUCCGGCAAUGAACUCCCUGCUCAAAUGGGGCAUUGAAAACUCCAACGCAUCCGGACGGUCAGGAGACGAGCCCGUCCGGGAGCCAAGAGGACUGUCUGCGGACGCACUGCGAGCGUUGAUGGGUGGGCCCAGCGACGCGGAGCUGAUGCGCGAAGCCAUGUCCAUCAUCGAGUCGUCGGACCCGGAAGUGACACACGACGCCAAAAUGACUGCGUUUGACAACUUUGAGCAACUGAUCGAGAGCAUGGACAACGCCAACAACAUGGAGCCGCUGGGCCUGUGGUCGCCGCUCCUGUCGCAACUCGACAACCCGGUCGCGGACCUGCGCCGCAUGGCCGCCUGGUGUCUUGGCACGGCGGUGCAGAACAACGUCAAGGCCCAGGAACGACUGCUCGGCCUCAACGGCAUCGAGAAGCUGUGCAAGAUGGCCCUCGAGGAUGACGACGAGGCUGCCCGGAGGAAAGCCGUCUACGCCCUGAGUUCCGGCAUCAGGAAUUACCAGCCUGCCAUGAAUGAAGCCAUGAAGAAAUUGCCCAAGGACAUUGUUGGGCCCGAUCACGUCUCGGCGACGGACAUGGAUGUCAUUGAUGCCAUCAUGGGAAAGUUAAGGGACAGAUGAAAGAGACGAGAUCAACUGUGAUUCUCUCCAACACGAUCCGUUUUGAUCAAGCCGGCUGAAAGUUGCCUGGCCAAGAAAUGUUUCUGCAUCUUUGGAGGCGCAAAGUGUGUGGACGAUACUAGCACAACGAACCAGAAAAAUCGAGCCGACUCUUCCGACACCGUGGCGUGAGGUUGGAGCAUGUGCUUGAAUCAGCCUGAAGGCCGAAGUGGAGGAAAUCGACACCCCGUUCCCUGGAGAAGGUCAAAAAAUGCCGCCACUGGCGUCGAAGACCGAGUCAGUCCGACUGCUGCCUGGACAGGUAAUGUCAGCGUUGCCGAAACCAUGGGUUUGCCAACAGCAUCCGGUUGCUCAUACUAGACAUCACCUCGGAUAAUGUCCGAAACUGCAUGGACGUACCUACGUACGUAUGUACCUACCAGCCCUGCGCUCGUACCGACGGGUUGGGAGGGUGGUAGGCAAGUUGAAUAUUGACACCGAGGCAAGGCUGAUGUGCCAACACGAUUGCGGGAGAAACUGUGAUACCAAUGUAUACUAGUGGUAACCCAUUUACAAAACUAAACUGACGAACGCUCAAUGCUCUCACUGGCAUUGCACCUAACGCCCCUGAGCAGAUCGCUACAAUCUUGGGCUCUCUGUACCAAGUCCAGCAGUUCCAUUGUACCGGCACUUGAGAAUUCAUAGCUAGAGGAUUCGUGCUUUCAUCAACACCAUGGCCUGAUACCUGUGUUAAGUUGUCCGGGCCCGUAUCCAGCGAGCUUUUG